AUGCGAGCAUUUCCCUUUUCCCUCAAGGACGCGGCAAAAGAUUGGUUCUACUAUCUGCCACCAGGUAGUAUAACAACUUGGGAACAAUUAAAGAAGAAGUUUUUGCAAAAAUAUUUUCCUGCGUCAAGAGCCGCCAGUUUGAGAAAAGAAAUAUGCGGCAUUGCACAGCAUUCAGGGGAGUCUCUCUAUGACUAUUGGGAGAGAUUUAAGAAACUGUGUACUAGAUGCCCCCAGCACCAGAUUAGCAAGCAGCUCCUGAUUCAAUAUUUCUACGAAGGUUUGUUAUAUACAGAUAGAAAUCUUAUAGACGCUGCUAGUGGAGGUGUUUUGAUGAAUAAGACCUCCCAAGAUGCUUGGAAAUUGAUAGAAAGAAUGGCAGAAAAUUCUCAACAAUUUGGCACAAGAGAAGAUGUCCAUACUCGUCAAGUAAAUGAAGUAACUGUCUCAUCAAUUCAACAACAAAUAUCUAAAUUAACUUCAGCUAUUCGACAGUUGGUUGUAGGGGAUUUGCAGCAGGCCAAAACAUGUGGUAUUUGUAAGGACACGAGUCAUCUCACAGAUUGGUGUCCAGUGCUACAAGAUGAAAGAGUUGAACAAGUAACCAUGGCUGGCAACAUGCAGUAUGACCCUUACUCCAACACGUAUACUCCGAAUUGGAGGGACCAUUCGAAUUUCAGCUAUGGAGGUAACAAGCAGCAAAAUUCUUUGCCCAAUAAGCAGCAAGGUUUUCAGCCAUGGUACCCCUCCAAAUCUCAAUCUCAUUCAUCAAAUGCUGACAUGUCUUUGGAGGAUAUGGUCAAGGCAUUAGUUGCCAACACCACGCAACUCCAGCAAAAUGCCACUCAAUACCAGCAAAGGACAGACACGAGCAUCAAAAACAUAGAAAAUCAGUUGAGUCAGAUGACUUCUACACUACAUCGUUUGGAGUCUCAAGAGAAAGGCAGACUUCCAUCUCAGUUUGAAGUUAAUCCAAAGAAUGUGAGUGCCAUGACCCUCAGAAGUGGAAAAGAAAUUAAAUGGCUUACGGUUCUGAAGGAUAAGGGUCAAGAUCAAAUUCAAAAAGAGAUGGAAGAUGGAAGGCGUGAAUUGGCAUCUACACUGAGCAAAUGGAAUUCUCCAAUUUAUGAAGAAUUGCCCUCACAGACCAUCAUCGACCUUAAGAAAGAUUAG